AUGACGAUCCUGUAAGAUCCAAAGCUAGAUAAGAAACAAAGACUUUUAUGCACUUAAUGUAUGGAAAACUUCGAAACAGAUGCAAAGACAAUAGGACUUAAAAAAAUAAUCUAGAUUAUUGAAGACAUUAUAGAGAAAAAUAUGAGCAACUUAGAAGAUAUCACUUAGAAAACAAUUUAAUAACUACAAAUUUGCACUAAAAGUAUAUAAGAAUUAAAGGAAUAAUUUAUGAAAUUAUUUGAUUCUCUAAUUAAUAUAGCAGAAGAUUGGACCUAAAAUUUAUUGGCUUUUACAUAAUAAUCAAAAUAAUACAGUUUCUAUGAUGAAUUAGACAACUUUAUUAAGAACUAGAAUGAUUUUAAUGAUUCUGAUAUAACACUCAUCAAUAAUAUUAAUAGAUCUUGGAUGACUCAGCUAUAGAAGAACUUAAAUUAAUAUAUUCAAGAUAAAGAUAAAGUUAACUUUAAAGAAAUAAAAUAAAUAUUUACUAACAUCAGUUGUUCAAUUUAGUCACAAAAAAGUGAAAUCAAAUUGAAGUUAAUUGAUUAAUCUCCAAGAAACCCUCCUAGAGGAGCAAGAUAUCCAUAUCCUCCUUUAUAAAGACCUAUGCAAAGACCUCCUGCAAUAAAACUAACAGAACCUAUAAGAAUUGAAAAAUAACAACUAUCAUUCUUAGAAGAAUUUAUGAAUUAUCAAACAGUUUAAAUUAGAAUGGAAGAUUUCUUGAAGAUUCUUAAUAAUGAUAAGUUUUAGGUAAUUUAUUAUUCCAGAAAGUGUUGAUAUUGUAAAAGAAAAAGAAUCUACAAAAAAAAUUGUUGGUAAUAAUUUGAUAUCAUUUUUUUAGAUAUGUUGAUUAAUCCAUCUCAAUUUGAUAUAGGAGAUAUCUUAAACAUGUUUGAUGAUGUUAAUGAACUUUAGACCUAUAUAUUGAUGAAGGUCUCUAAUUGA